GAGCAGAGAGCUAGGCUUAAUAAUGUCGAGAUCAAGGGCGUUCCUGUAAGGAAGAACGAAAACCUUUUUACAAUCGUCGAGAACAUCUCCCAGAGGCUGGGCGUGUCCUUUUCCAGGGCAGACAUCAACCAUGUUACGAGGGUACCUACAUUUGGAUCGGCUGACAAACUCAUCAUAAUAAACUUCCACAAUAGGUACACAAAGGAAGAUUUUGUCGCCGCUGCUCGUGCACUAAAAUUUCUUAAUGCCCAGGACAUUGGUAUUACUGUUUCUAAUCGUAUUUUCGUGAAUGACCACCUGACUCGUGAUUCGAAACAACUUCUCACAAAAGUGAAAACAUGGGCCAAAAACAAGAAUUUUAAGUACAUUUGGGUUAAGUUCUGUAAGAUCCAUGUGCGAAGAUCUGACUCGUCUCCGGUUAUUAUAGUACAUACAGAGGCAGAUUUAAACAAAUUGACUUAGCUUGUGUCUUAUUAUUACUUUUUGUAUUC